GUGGUGAAUCGAUCAUUGGGCAACAUACUCCGUUGCCUGGUUAGGGAUAAUAUACGGAGUUGGGACCAACGUUUGUGUCAAGCUGAGUUCGCUCAUAACACUGCGGUUGGUCGGGCUACGGGCUUCUCGCCUUUCCAGAUUGUGUACGGGGUCCAGCCUCGGGGACCGUGCGACUUGGCGCCGUUGCCGUCGUCUGGCUUGACUGAUCCACGUGCGUCGGACCUCGUGGCCGAGUUGCUGAAGACGCAUACCGCGGCUCGGGCUCGGUUGGAGUCAUCGACUGCCGCUUACAAGCGGGCCGCUGAUUCUCGACGUCGCCAUGUGGAGUUCGAGGUAGGCGAUUUUGUUUGGGCUGUUUUGACAAAGGACAGGUUUCCUGCGCACGAGUUUAAUAAGUUGGCUGCACGUAAAAUCGGGCCCGUGGAGGUUGUGGAGAAAAUAAACCCCAAUGCUUACCGUCUUCGGCUUCCUUCUCACAUUCGCACAUCCGACGUUUUUAACGUCAAACAUUUGGUGCCGUUUGCGGGGGAUAACUCGGAGGAAGAUGAGACCGGUUCGGAUUCGCGGCCGAAUCCUUCCCAACCGGGGGAGGAUGAUGGAGACGAGACCGCGAUAGCUUUUCCAAGAGUAUCAGAGGAUUUGAAGGACGCAUUGUCUACUUUCCAGCAAACGUUUGUGGUGUCGGAUGCUACCAAACCCGAUUACCCGAUUAUGUAUGCAAGUGCUGGAUUUUUCAAUAUGACUGGCUACACUUCUAAAGAGGUCAUUGGUAGGAAUUGCCGAUUCUUACAAGGAAAGGACACGGAUCCAGAUGAUGUGGCGAAGAUUCGGGAGGCUUUACGAUACGGUUUCACGUAUUGCGGAAGGUUGCUUAAUUACAAGAAAGGCGGCACGCCUUUCUGGAAUCUUCUUACCAUUGCACCCAUUAAGGAUGAAACGGGGAAUGUCCUCAAGUACAUUGGAAUGCAAGUGGAAGUAAGCAAGCACACAGAGGGAAUCAAAGAGAAAAUGACCCGACCCAACGGGUUACCCGAAUCUUUGAUCCGCUACGAUGCACGACAAAAGGAAAUAGCUUCAAACACAGUGACAGAGCUGGUGGAGGCGGGAGAAGUGCAAUAUUUUAUUGGGGUGCAAUUAGAUGGAAGUCAACAUGUUGAGCCACUUCAUAACUGCAUCCCUGAGGCCACAGCAGCAGAGAGUGCAAAACUGGUGAAAACAACUGCUGAAAAUGUUGACGUAGCCGUGAGAGAGCUUCCUGAUGCCAAUACGAAACCAGAGGACUUGUGGAAGAACCAUUCAAAAAUUGUGCACCCAAAGCCCCACAGAAGGAACAGCCCUUCCUGGGAUGCUAUUCAAAAGAUUCUAGAUGGUGGAGAAGAGAUUGGCCUAAAACAUUUCAAGCCGAUAAAACCGUUGGGAUCUGGUGAUACUGGGAGUGUGCAUCUAGUAGAACUAUGUGGGACUGGGCAAUUGUUUGCCAUGAAAGCAAUGGACAAGGGUAUCAUACUCAAUCGAAACAAGGUGCACAGAGCUUGUGCAGAAAGAGAAAUCCUAGACAUGUUGGACCAUCCUUUUCUUCCUGCAUUGUACGCUUCAUUUCAGACCAAGACCCACAUCUGUUUGAUUACUGAUUACUGCCCUGGUGGAGAGCUCUUUCUUCUUCUAGAUAAGCAGCGAACAAAAGUUCUGAAAGAAGACGCUGUCAAAUUCUAUGCAGCUGAAGUAAUAGUGGCUCUGGAGUAUCUUCAUUGUCAAGGUAUAAUCUACAGGGAUUUAAAGCCAGAAAAUGUUCUUCUCCAAGACGAUGGGCAUAUCUCCUUGACAGACUUUGAUUUGUCUUGCUUGACAUCUUGCAAGCCGCAGCUUUUAAUUCCGGAGAUAAAUGAAAAGAAAAGGAACCAAAAAGGUCAGAAAGGUCAGCAGGCGCCAGUCUUUAUGGCAGAACCAAUGAGAGCUUCAAAUUCUUUUGUUGGUACAGAAGAAUACAUAGCUCCGGAAAUCAUUACUGGGGCAGGUCAUACUAGUGCAGUGGACUGGUGGGCUCUUGGGAUUCUGUUAUAUGAAAUGCUUUAUGGAUAUACGCCAUUCAGGGGAAAGACAAGGCAGAAGACCUUUGCCAAUGUUCUUCACAAGGAUUUAAAAUUCCCAAGGAACAAAGAGGUGAGCCUCCAAGCAAAGCAGUUAAUGUAUCGAUUGCUACAUAGAGAUCCCAAAAACAGACUUGGAUCACGAGAAGGAGCGAAUGAAGUUAAGCAGCACCCAUUCUUCCGUGGUAUCAAUUGGGCCCUCGUUCGUUGCAUGAACCCUCCUACGCUCGAUUCUCCCCUUUUCAAGGAGAAAGAAACUGAUGCUGAUCCAGGCCUUGACGACUUGCAGAAGAAUGUUUUCUGA